AUGUGCCUGGACGAAGCCUCGUCGGUGUGCAACCCGAAAGAGUUAAGCCACGACUCUUCGAAUAAAGCGCGAAUAUUUACGAUCGCGGAACACGCGAAACGCGUCAAACUGCUCCGGGCGAAACGCGAACUUCGCCUGCGACGCGUUUCUAAAUCAGACGCGUUUAAAGAGGCGACGAGGACGUACGAAACGUUCGGUUUGGGUGCUUUUGCCACCUGGGUGAGCACCGAACACGCCAUCUCGGCGGUUUCGGACGACGAGGUGACGGUGAUGUUCUGCGGGGACUUUUGCGUGCCGAAUUUGCACACGUUGGACGACAUGCACUCGGCCUUCGUCAGAGGCGAACACGUGGACGCGUACGCGCAAGUCUCCAACGCGCAACGUAUGCUCGAUUUCUACCGCUGGUCGAACAAUUUUCGCUUACACGAAAGGAGAACGCACAAGUGCGAUCCGGCGCUGAACACGGACUUCAUCGCGUCGAAGUUGGAGCAACUCGCCGAGGCGAACGAAGCGGAAGGGAAGCGAGGCUUCGCGUUUGUGAUUUACGAUAAGAAGGCGCACAGGUUAAUCGUGGCGAGAGAUUCGACGAGGAAUCCAAUGCCAUUGUAUUGGGGGUUAGCGCCGGAUGGAGAAAAAGGCGAUUGUUUGUUCGUUUCGACCGAGGAGAAGAACGAGUUGUUUUCCGAGUGUUUCCCGGCGUCGAGUCCGUUUCCCAAAGGGGCGGUGUUCGUCGCGGAAGGGACAAUUGGGUGGGUUCCCGGGGAGAAAGGCGUCGCGUGUGGACCGACAAAGUCUGGAGAGACUGCCAUGAGAGGCUUCAGGAAGUACGGGACGAUGCCGGUGAGAUCGAUUCCGAGAGUGAACUCGUCCGGGCAAAUGUGCGGCAACGUCUUCCGCGUGGAGUCCUUUUCUGAUAUGAUCGGAGAAGUCAUCGACGUGCACGAUUUGAAGAGACACGGGAGUUAUCCCGCGAUGAUUCAAUAA